AUGGCCAAUAUCAUGCUUCAUUAUCUUCUUUUCCUCGUCUUCUUUUGGUCUUCCUUCCGAGCAUCCAAUGGAGCCUACAAUGUGGAAAGCUUUGGAGCAAAACCAGACGGCUUGACUGAUUCUACACAAGCAUUUCUGAAGGCCUGGUCGGCUGCUUGUGGGUCAACAGGGCCGGCCACUCUGUACGUUCCUAGUGGGAGUUUCUUGGUUAAGCCGAUUGUGUUUAAUGGUCCAUGCAAGAAUAAGAUAUUGUUUUGGAUUGAUGGGAAGAUUUUAGCACCUACAAAUUACUGGUCUUUUGGCAGUUCUGGAUUUUGGAUAUUGUUUUAUCAGAUUUCCUGGGUUACCAUCCAGGGUGGCAUUCUUGAUGCUAGAGGGGGUAGCUUUUGGGCUUGCCGGAAUGCUGGAAAGGUUUGUCCGCCUGGUGCUAGGUCCAUAUCAUUCGUGGCGUCAAGAAAUGUGGUUGUUAGCGGAUUAACAUCGAUCAACAGCCAGAUAAUUCACAUUGCAAUAGACCAAUGCCGUAAUAUUCUGCUUGAAAAACUAAAGAUUACUGCCUCCAGCUUGAGUCCCAAUACCGAUGGAAUCCACAUGCAAUCUUCUAUUGGAAUCACCAUUACAAACACCACCAUCAAGACUGGUGAUGAUUGCAUUUCAAUAGGUCCUGGCUCCAUGAACGUCAGGAUACAAAGAAUUACCUGUGGCCCUGGACAUGGAAUCAGUGUUGGCAGUCUAGCCGAGCAUACCCAUGAAGAUGGCGUCCAAAAUGUGACAGUAACAUCUGCAGUUUUCACAGGCACUCAGAACGGUGUUAGGAUAAAAUCAUGGGGAAGGCCCAGCUCUGGCUUUGCUAAUAAUAUUAUUUUCCAAAACAUCAUCAUGAAGAAUGCCUAUAAUCCUAUCAUCAUCGAUCAGAAGUACUGCCCCAGUGGCCAUGGCUGUCCUAAUCAGAAUUCAGGUGUGAAGAUAAGUGGGGUGACAUAUAAGAACAUAAGAGGAACAUCAGCGACACAAGUAGCUAUGAAUUUUGUAUGCAGUUCAAGUAAUCCAUGCACAGGAAUAAAAUUGCAAGGCAUAAAGCUUACAUAUUUCAAUAGAGCUGCCGCAACAUCAUCUUGUGUUAAUGCACAUGGCACCACUUCUGGAUUUGUCCUUCCACCAAGUUGUUUCUGA